AUCCUUGCACUCGUAUCAUUGUUGUUCAUCAAUCGUGUCAUUCGUCAGUAUCGUUUUGCAGCCCGGUCUAAGGGUUUCCCAUUUCCGCCGGGACCGCCCUCCCACCCUCUGCUCGGAAAUGUUGCUGAGGUAAAAGGCCCUGAUCUCACCAAGAGAAUGAUCGAGUAUAAAGCGCAAUAUGGAGAUGUGGUUCAUUUUAGCGGCUUCGGAACCCAUGUCAUCAUCCUCAAUGCCAUGAAGCCUAUCACGGAACUGCUGGACGUUCGAGGCUCGAAUUAUUCUCACCGGCCCAACUACCUCGUGGCCGGACAGCUGGGAACCGUCAAUCAAAGCACGCCACUCAUGUCAUACGGAGAGCAGUGGCGACUGCAUCGAAGAUUGUCCAAGCCGGCACUGAACGUCGUCGCGGUGAAGAAAUAUUGGCCUUUGGAACAACGAUGCGCCACGUUGAUGUGCAAGUCGCUACUAGAUUCGCCGGAUGAUUUCUUCGAGCAUGUCCGAAUGGCCUCGGGCAGAAUUAUUCUGUCCAUCACAUACGGCAUACCGCUUUCUGAGGUCGAUUCCUACGUCGAGACGGCCAGGAAGACCAUGCAUCGAAUUGGCGAAUCGGUCCUACCAGGUACCUAUAUGGCCGAUUUGGUCAAUCUUCUGCCAUGGUUGAGACAUCUGCCGUUGUGGUUGAACCUGCCAUUCCAGCAGGAUGCCAAACGUAUCCGCAAUCUGGUCACCCACUUGUGUUGGGAUCCGUUCGAGUAUACACAGCGCACAAUGGCAGCAGGGACUUCAACGCCGUCCAUCAUCAGCGAUGUCCUAGCUGUUCAAGAAUCUGAAUUCGGCAAUAUUGAUGGUAAAUGGUUCGACCACAACUUGUCGUGGGUUGGAGGAUCCCUGUUCGGAGCUGCUGUCGAUACAACACACGCCACAGUCCUUACCUUCAUCCUUGCAAUGGCACACUUCCCACGCGUUCAAGCCAAAGCCCAAGCCGAGCUUGAUGCAGUCCUCGGAUCCGAUCAUACGCUUACCCCGGAGGACAAAAAGGACCUCCCAUACAUGUGCGCUCUCAUCAAGGAAAUAAUGCGUUAUCACCCGGUCAUGCCCAUGGGUUUCGCUCGUCGUACAGGCGAAGACGACUGGUACGACGGCUACUUCAUUCCCAAAGGGACCUUGCUGUUGUGGAAUGCGUAUGCUCUGUGCUACGAUAAAGAGGUAUACAAGAGUGAAAAGUACCCUGUGGACGAGGUGUGGCCAGAGCGCUUUUUGGAAGAGACUGACAAGGAGAUGGAUCCCUACGGGUGGGUGUUCGGGUUCGGCAGAAGGAAGUGCCCUGGGCUACAUGUCGCGGAGGAUUCCAAUUUCAUGCUCAUCGCCUCGAUCCUUGCAAGCUUCGACAUCACGCCCUUGAAAGAUGGACCUCCAAAGGUGGAUUUCGUCAAGUUGCAGCUGGUCAGCCCGCCUGAGGACUUCAAGGUAUCCAUACAACCGAGGUCACCGGCGCAUGCAGAGCGAAUCAGAGCCAGUGUCGUAUAGGAGGUCUCAUAAUCAUACUAUACCCAGAGACUUUUCUUCAGCAGAUUUGUGAAUAUUUAUUUCCACGUUACACGAGGUCAGGGACAUUUCUUAGCGAGGCUCCCAGUUGUCGUGCUUUUGUGGCGCCACCAUUCGGCGGUAUCGUGCAGGUACAGUCAUUCCAUGGUCCUUGAAACGAACAUUCGUCGAUGUAGUACCUGGUGUACUUUUAACGUACCUUUCAUGCGAGUAUUUUAUAUCCCGAUCCAUAUAAAUAUGAUACACCGGUAG